AUGGAUCACCCACGGCCUGUUCUGUCAUCUCAGAGAUACUCCCCAGCAUCAGACUACGCAUACGAGACGGAUCACGAACUAAUUCCAAUGACACGACAGCCCCUUGGUGAAUCUACGGGCAACGUUCAACCACAUAAUCUCGCUGCUCUGGCGCUGUGUAAUCACUCCUUAUCACCACCUCUGCGUUCUAUACCAACACCACCUAUAGUCCCAACACAGGCUUUGACCUCGACCUACGGGACAAGCCUUCGAGGCGGACGUUCUUUACACCGAGAUGUAUCAUUACGAGAGUCACCAAUGGGUUAUCCGAGGGGCAGCAAGAACCCCAUCUACGCUUAUAAGCACUUCGCCGAUUAUCGUAAUAAAGUAAUGCAAAAGGAGCUCGAGAAGGAACAACCGAUAUGGCCAUUAUGGUUAGAGGAUGCUUUCCUCGAUGCUCUUCUUUUAAUCCCGCAGAUGGGCCGGAAAAAGUUCAGCUCAAAAACUAUCCUGUACGGGCGGAAUAUGCUCAUUACGGAAUAUCUAUGGAUCUAUCACUGGCUUCUACAUCCUCCACAGAACGGAGAAGCCAUUCCAAACAGACAGCAGAGGGAAAAGGGACCGAACGGAAAACCUCAUCCUAUGUACAGGGGACGGAAACAAGUAUCGAGCCACAUCCAAGUUUUGAAGGGCUUCUUCGCAACAUUGGUCACUUUCCACUUUAUCUUCCCAAGUAAGAGAGAUGCCAAGGAAGAGGACAGGAAGUUAAUAAGGGACGAUGAUGACACGGAAUCUUUCAAGAACAACCGAGUACUCAUUUCCAUAGCCGACGGCCGACUUCCCGACGAACGACCAAACUAUGAAUAUUUCGCCCGCCUUCUGAGUGCUGAUAACGAUGUCUUCUUGCGACCAAAGCAAUGCUGGAUCUUUGUCUCAUCAUCUCAAGUCACCCUCAAGGAAAAGCAUGUCAAGAUGGAUGAUGGUACUACGAAGAAGCAGGUCACAGGGUGCACACCCAGCGGACACUGGCUCCGAGAGUCAGACUAUCCUCAUCUCAAACUCAACGACGGUAAGGAUUACAAGGACCUACCACGAAACGGGGACCAGCCGACCGUUCUCCUACAUGAAUACACAAGGCCACUAGCACAAAAGGAAUCUUCAUCUAUUAAGGAUAUCUCCAAUAGGUGGGAUGUCCAGUUUCCAGAGCUCAGGGAGAAGCUCCUUGCUGCACUCGACGACACACACCCGUCGGAUGAGAGGACCUCACGUUGCGUAGUGGGACCUUGCGAUACUUUUCAGUUCGAAGUAACGUUGGAUUUACACGCAACGUCUAAGUUUCCUGAUGGAUCUGAACUUAAUGGUAUGGUGGAACUGGCAAUAAACCGACCCGAACUACACAACCACAGCUGGAGAUCUGUGACUUCAGUUGUGAAGCCAGACGAGUUGCAUAUCUCCGGGUCAGAACCUGAUUUCUGGGACCGCAGCAACCCUGUCGAAGUUAUCGUCUCACACCGCGUCGGAUGUAACGGUGUAGGGCGAUGCGAUUGCGCAUCUCGUGGUACUCGCGAUACUAUAGGCGUCCCGUUCCCGGCUGCUAGCUGGGCUAAUACCUUUAUCAAACUAGCGCCGUAUGUGACCGCGGAACGGGAGCGUCGAGAACGUCGAGAAAGCGAGCAGGAUUCAAGCAGAGGAUCCCGGCCUUCUCGAGCAGAGCGCGAAAACGCAAGAGUAAAGAAGGAAGACAGCACGUCAGAGAAGGACGGCGCCAAGAUGCCGACUCCUAAAGAACUCUUAUCCCAGGUGGCUAUGUAUCAAGAGAUCUGGUCUACACCUAAUGACGGCCCUAGUAGCGGUAGUGAGGGUGGGAAGCGUGGAUGGACACGGCGUGCAGUCGUACUAUGGACUUUCGCCCCCGUGCAUGAUCAUACGGAUGAGAAGGGAAAGACAGCUACUGUUGCUGCUGGUACUAACUGGCGAUUCCUAACCAAGGUUGACCCGACCUCGGAAUAUCAUCAGCAGCGCGCAUACAUGACAAACUCCCCUUCCGUCUCCCGCGACAACAUCAUGUCGCCUAAUCCUGGCUAUCAAGCCCAUCUCAACGCUUCCAUGCACGAGAACCUGAAUCUCCUAGAAGGCUUUGACAACGGCCUUGUCACACCUCCACCCACAGCAUCAUUAACGGGUGGAUAUCCGCAUAGCUUCGAUGACAGCGGUAGCGUGGACUCAGCUCUGCACCAUCAGUUAAGUUACAUAUCCGACGGCACAAGCGGUACCGGUACCAACACGAUCCCUGCUGAAAUAGCUGGUGAUAGCAGCCACAACGGCAGCACCAGCGGCACAGACCCUUUCCUAUCCGGCCUCGGUGUACCAGUAUCCUCUUAUGACGACAACUGGGCAGUCCCAGCACAAAGUAGCGGUCUGAGCCUCGAUACCACCGGUUGGGGCGUCGGCGUGAGCUGGGUCGAUCCAACAGGCGGCCUCACCAGCGCAACCACAAGCGCAUCGGCAGGCGAGCCACUAUGGGCUAGCUCCCUCCCAGGCACCAUCAGCGGACACAACUCGCGCGACACGAGCUUCAGCGGCGCCAGCACCUCGCACUGGACCGAGGAAAAAGAAGCCUCGCUAUGGGCGAGCAAGACAGAGCAUUCUCAUUCUCAUUCUCAUUCUCAUCAGUACACCACCACCACGCAACAGCAGCAAGACCCGUGGGCGACGUGGCAGCCUACGGGCGCGGAGCAGUCUGCUUGGAACAUGGAUGCGCAGGACUUCGGGCUAGAUCUAGGGAUCGCUGGGCGUAAGCGCUCGCGCGCGGAUAGCGUGGAUGCCGGCGCGGAUGGCUGCGAUACCGUGUACCCCGUACACUCAAUGCGCAAGUUGUCGCAUCCAACUACGCUUCCCAGUAGUCAUGGCCAGACGGGGCAGACCGCGCCUACGGCUGUCAUGGAUGAUGGACAGGGGUUCUUGUAG